AUGGCGCCUGAAAUCCUAGGCGAGUCGCCUCCGAUCGACAAGAAGCUUGUUAAAGAAGUUAUCGAAACGCUAGCUUCGCUUGGCGCAAGCAAUACGACACUAAUACGAUCGAAUCUUGCGCUAUUAUUCCAGGGAAAUACCCUUGCAGAGCUUCUAGGUGCUGCUGAAGCGUAUCUGGAGAACAAUCCUGCCCUUCGAAGAGACUGGGAGCUUUUCAGCCAGCAAGAUAGUUUGAACUCCCUACUUGCUACGGCUGAAAGUCUUGCUAGCAGGUAUGAUGAGCGAGUUGGAGCUAUCCGUAGCUGGGACAGCUUCGCAAAUACGCACCAUAACAUUAUAAGCAUGGAGGAUGACUUUCUUGUGAUCAUCGAAAGUUUGUGUAACCUUGAUAUCCUCUUUUAUGCCGGCAACUACACGCGAUCAUCCCGUCUUAUUUCUAUCGCUUCCACACACGCAACCACUCUUCUUUCUACAUAUCUUCGCAAGGAAAUCGACUUUAACGCACCGAUCACGUAUAAUACGGUGAAUGGGGCACAAACUCCAUUGAGAGAUGUGUCCACUAGGAUGAUUGCUGCAAACAGAAUGGUUGUUCUGUAUGGACAGCUCAUAGGGAUCGGGGAAUAUAAGUCUGCUGUUCGUUAUCUGGACCUUGCAAUGGCUAUUGCAAAGGAUACGGUCAUACUGGCCUAUAAUCGCGGUGAAAUGCGAUUGAAAUUUGAUGACGAGAGUGGAAAAAUCGGAGCUGUCCCUUCAGAGGGAACCGAUGGUCGUCGAUUUGAUGCGAUUUUGGAAAGAUCAACUGCAAACUUCAACGGGAACCAUCCCGAUCGAGAGUGGGAUCAUGGUCUGGUUUAUGCGGACUACUACUUUCUAUAG